GGGUGUGUCAUGUGAUCACAAGGGGCGGGCACAGUACAACGCUGUCUCUGGUGUCAGUGUAAAGCUGCUGUUGUACAGUCUUCCUGUAUCAGGCUUAGAGGUCGGCUGCAGCCUUGCACACACACACAGCACCAUGAUGAAACAGAUUGUGGACAGAGCGAGGCAGGCAUUUAACACCGGCAAAACACGCUCAUUGGAUUUCCGUAUUCAGCAGCUCAAGGCUUUCAAACGGAUGAUUACUGAAAAUGAUGCUGAGAUUCGGAAAGCCCUAAUUGCAGACUUGCACAAGAAUGAAUUAAGUGCUUACUCCUAUGAAAUAAUGGGGCUCUUGGGUGAAGUUGAAUCUGCUAUUGAUAAUCUUCCUGCAUGGGCAGCACCCCAACACGUCAAAAAGAAUUUAUUGACCAUAUCAGAUGACGUGUUCAUCAACUUUGAGCCCCUUGGUGUUGUCCUAGUCAUUGGAGCUUGGAAUUACCCACUUGUGGUUUGCUUGCAGCCUGUGGUGGGCGCCAUUGCAGCAGGUAAUGCUGUGGUAAUUAAACCUUCUGAAGUCAGUGAACACACAGCCAAACUGUUGGAGAAAAUUAUUCCUCGGUACUUGGAUAAGGACCUAUACCCUGUGGUGAAUGGCGGAGUGCCAGAAACAACAGAGCUACUUGCAGAAAGAUUUGAUCACAUUUUCUACACAGGCAAUACCGCUGUUGGCAAAAUAAUUCUGUCAGCAGCUGCUAAAUAUCUGACUCCAGUGACCCUUGAGCUUGGAGGGAAGAGUCCAUGUUACAUUGAUAAGGACUGUGAUAUUGACAUUGCUGCCAGACGUAUAACCUGGGGAAAGUUUAUUAACUGUGGUCAGACUUGUAUUGCUCCUGAUUAUAUCCUGUGUGAGAAGUCCAUCCAAGGUAAUCUACUGGAGAAAAUCAAGGAAACCCUAAAAGAAUAUUAUGGAGAAAACCCAAAGGAAUCUCCAGAUUAUGAGCGGAUCAUUAACCAGCGCCAUUUCAAGCGUAUUCUUGCCUUGUUAGAAGGACAGAAGGUUGCUAUUGGAGGGCAACAUGAAGAGAAUACCUGCUAUAUUGAACCAACUGUCCUGAUUGAUGUUAAAGCAGACUCUAAGGUCAUGCAGGAAGAAAUUUUUGGCCCACUCCUUCCAAUUAUAACUGUACAAAAUGUAGAUGAAGCCAUUCAGUUCAUAAACCAGAAAGAAAAGCCCCUUGCAUUGUAUGCAUUUGCAAAUGACAAAAAGAUCAUUAAAAAGAUGAUUUCUCAAACAUCAAGUGGUGGAGUUACUGGCAAUGAUGUCAUUAUGCAUUAUACAGUUGUUGCGUUACCUUUUGGAGGUGUUGGACAUAGUGGCAUGGGUUGCUAUCAUGGCAAACACACAUUUGAUACCUUUUCCCAUAAGCGGUCAUGCCUCAUCAAGUCUUUAGGUAUGGAAAGUGCAAACAAGCUAAGGUAUCCUCCGUAUACUCAGAAGAAAUUGGAUUGGGCCAAGUUUCUACUAACAACCAAGUUCAGCAAGAAAACACUGGGUCUUGUGCUCCUCCCAUUGGUGGCUGUGGUGGUAGCUGUCAUUUUAAAGAAAUACCGCUGGGAGUUGACAAGCAGAGGGAUACAGCUUGUGCUGGCUUUUCAGAGGCUGUUUUAAACAAGAUGGGUAGCAGAACGACAUUCUUUGAUACAGAAAGGUACUCUAAAAGGAAGCUGGAUAUGAAUUUUCCAAGACAUCUAUCCCUGCUUAUUUCCAGAUAAUCUAUGCAUUUUAUAGAAGUACUUAUUGAGUUUUUUUUUUUUUUUUUUACACAUGAAUAUGGUUUCCUGCGGAACAGUUUCCUUACCUUCUAAUAGUCUGGUCUAACAUGCUUUUCAUAACCUUAGAGGGUCAGUGCACCUAAUAGUCAUAUUUUAGUUUAUAGUACUUGCUGGCAUUCAUUAAGCAGAACUGUAAUAUUUAAAAAAUAAAAUACAAACCUGGCUAUUUGCUAAGUAAAUGUGACAUGUGGUUAGCACUUCUGCCUAGCAGCCCUAGGGUUGUCCGUUCAAAUCCCAACCUCAGCACAACGUGCCUGGAGUUUGCAUGGUCUCCCUGUGUCUGCAUGGGUUUCUUCCGGGUACUCUUGUUUCUUCCCACACGCCAAAGACAUGCUGGUAGGAUCAUGUCUAAAUUGGCCCUCGUAUGUGUAUGCUUGCAUGAAUGUGAGUUAAGAAAAUUGGAUGGUAAGCUUCUGGAGGGCAGCAACGUGUGUGCGCAUGUGUCUUAGCCCUGCACUGACCUUUGCUACAUUAGCCUGACACAUUACUGCUGUAUGGAGCAUCUCAAAAUUUCUAGUUCCUCAACCUUUUUGUAGUCUCAGUGAGUGAACCUGUGAAGGAAAGUUGGACCUUGGUUUUGAUGCAUUCCAUCUUUAAGAGCUUGUCGCUGGAACCUUUGAUAAAUAAACCAAUUCAUCAGCAAUAUCCAUUCCCAAAAUGGCUUAGAGCGAUUUGCAAACCAUUACAUAUACCCAGUGAAGUGACUGGCCUCAGGUCAUACACAGAGAUGUGCUGGAACUCUCUUCCCGUCACCAAUUAUGUAUUGAGUCGGGAAAAGCAGAAGUAACUUGUGCAAUAAAUGGCAGCAGAGACAAAUCGCACUCACUGCUUUAGAUGGCAACAAGUACAAAGUGUAGAAGGAUGUACUUUGUUCAUAUUUCAUGUCUAAGGUUUACAACCUCUUUAAAAUGACCUACCCUAAAGAUAUGUCAUAUCUUUGUAAUAUUUUCUUUAUUUGCACUUUGCAUAACCUCCGGAUGUAAAAAACUGCCUUUCUUUUUGAUAUGUAACCUGUGAUUUAUUACUAAUGGCACAAAAAAAAAAAAAAAAAA